AUGACUUUCACCGCCGUUGUCGUCUACCCCAAUGAGCUGGACACCACGUUCGAUACCGACUACUACCUGCAGACCCAUAUGCCUCUGGUGGCCAAGCACUGGGGCCCUGUUGGUCUCAAGAGCUGGAAUGUUGUCAAGUACGACCGCGAUCCUGCCGGUACCUCUCCCAAGUACCUGAUUGCUGCCACCCUGGUGUGGGAGAGCGAGGAGGCUAGAAAGGUUGCUGCCUCGGGAGAGGCGGCGGCCAUGAUCAGAGGCGAUGUCCCCAACUUCACCAACAAGAAGCCUUUUAUCUUGGCGGGCAGCACUAUUGGAAGCCAGGUGAUCGCUUAA